UGGUAACUCGUUCUUAUUGUUAACAGCAGACGACCAAAGUGCUGGAUCAGUAGUCAUAAGCACCAUGAAAAGUCAACUCAUCUUAUUGAUCAUCGGUGUACUUUGUUUUGCAACCAGUUCUGCCAGCAAUUCAUCAUCAAAGGGGGUUAUGGAGAAGAUCUUCGAAGAUUACGAUAAAGAUUUAAGACCAAACCACGAAGGUGGACCAAUUGAGGUGUCGGUCAGUGUUUACGUGAAUUCAUUUGCAAAUAUCGACGAGACGAGUAUGGAAUACAAAGUAUAUUUCUACCUUCGCCAAUACUGGAAGGACGAUCGUCUCGUUGGAAAAGUCAACCAUACUUUAGCCAUGACAGGAUUGUCUGCAUCACAACUGUGGAAACCCGAUGCGUACUGUGAAAACGCUAGGGAAUCAAAUCUUGCGGAGGCGAGUGAUUCGGUUAACAGUUUGGUGUUCUUACAUCCUGAUGGACUGGUGUUAUACAGCAGACUUUCCCAAGUAACUGCAGAGUGUAAGAUGGAUCUCAGGGACUUUCCAAUGGACACUCAGAAGUGUAAUCUUGUAUUCGGAAGCUACAGCUAUCCCACUUCAGAUAUUGUCUACAAGUGGCGAGAUGACAGUGCUGUAGAAGUUGGACGGCGCGAGCUUGCUCAGUUCUACUUCAAGUCAAGCCAACUGGCGAGCAACACUGCGGUCCUUUCAACAGGCAACUUCUCUCUCAUAUCAGUACAUUUUUUAUUUGAACGUCGCCUUGGUUACUUCUUGAUCCAAGUAUACGCGCCAGACAUCUUCAUUGUCAUGCUCAGUUGGAUAGUCUUCUGGAUGGACAGAAAUGACAUAGGCAAUCGUAUGGCCCUGGGAAUCACUACAAUACUGACUAUCAUGUUCCUUAUGGGAUCUAUCAAUGCUGCCAUGCUGCGUGUCAGUUACCCUAAAGCACUCGAUUGGUAUCUUAUGGUGUCCUUCACCUUCAUAUUCUUGGCUCUUUUCGAAUGUCUCAUAGCAUAUGGUAUCGAAAUCUCCGCAUCCAAAUCCAAAACCAAUAGUGAUCUAGAAUACGAAGAGGUCCAAAAGGAAGGGAAGUCUGUCGCAUAUUGGAUUGAUUACGUUUCUCGAAUCCUCUUUCCUUCUCUGUUUGCUGUAUAUAACAUAUAUUACUGGGGGUUGUACGAGUUUACUUAAGCCUAGCCCACGUCUCAACGCGAGACUUCUCACCGACUGCUGCAGUAACUUUUUUAGAGCCAUGUCAAUACUUUGAUCGAUCAUCAUUCUUAUUCUCUUUUGUUAUACUUUAAUCACUAGUAUCUCUGCCAGUAGGUACCCGCCUCAGGGAAAUAUCCAAGGUUUUCACUAGGGAUUUUAACCCUCUGGAUCCGCCCUUCCCUCUUUAUCUAACGGGAAGGGGAGUUGAAUGUGUCAGCUUCAGGGGAGAGAGAGAGAGAGAGAGAGAGAGAGAGA